AUGAUUGAAUCAAUUGAAUCAUUGGAUAACAAUACAUCUAAUACUAAUAUACCUGAUCUCCAGCCUCCACCUUAUGCAGAUGCUACAAAUACUCAGCAGGUAAAUGAGGACAAUGAAGAUAAUGCACCAACUUCCACUGAAAAUAAUCCAGAUAAUGAUAAUGGUACAAAUAAUGAAAUUAACACUACAGGGAAUAGUGAUAAUAUGA